GGAGGACAGGCUCAAGAAAAUCUACAAACACAGAGACAGCUUAACUCAUAAGGCAUCAACAGAUAUUCAACAGCAGAAAGAGAAAGAGGUGUUGCCCACCUUGACAGAAACUUUGAAUGCUAAAGUUCUGUUGGUUCUGUCUUGCUCACAGGCGUGUGUUAUCAGUAAGUGAUGCACUAAAGUCAGUCACAGGUUGCAAUCACUUUGAGAUGUUUAUUUCAAAGCUGUAUACACUGUACCAUCAAUCCCCAAAGAAUGCCAGACAACUUUCAGAGGCAGCUUCUCAAGCUAACAUUUGCCUGCUUAAGAUUGGUAAAAUUUUUACCAUCCGCUGGGUAGCAAGUAGUUUUGUGACUUUACAAGCUGUUUGGGGAGACUUCCCUGCUCUGGUUGCACAAAUGAAAAAAGGAGCUGAAGAUGGAUCUCGCUCUGAUGUAGAAAGAAAAAAUUUCAGUGGCCUUCUGAAUCGCCUCACAUGCACUGGCUUUGUUAAUGACCUGGCAACCAUUAAAGAUGUGCUAUGUGAACUUCAGAGUCUAUCCCUAAAACUUCAGAACAGAAGCACUUCUCUUAUGGACACCACACGAGAAAUAAAGAUGACAAUUGAGGUGUUGAAGGCUGUCAAGAUCAGCCCAGGGAAGUCAAUGGAUAAAGCAGAGGAAGCUCUUAAAGUAGGAGAAUUCAAACGAGUGCCCUUGCAUUCAAGCAAGGAAAAUGUAAAUAGAUUGCAAUUCCUCCAAGCCAUCAUCGACAGUCUCUCUUCAUGAAUGCCUGACACAAAGCUUACAAAGAUUAUAACACCACUGGAUCCCCUCAGCUGGCCAAAAUCCAGAGAGUCUCUUAUUCUCUUUGGGGAGAAAGAGAUCCACGACCUGGCAAAGAUGCUUGAAGUACCAAGUAGGGAGGCAGUUGAGGACUUCAGAAAUUGGAAGCUCAACAAUGAUCAGAAUGGGAAGGUCCUCAAAAAGUUGUUGACUGCUAGCAAAACAUACCUGGCAAGUUCUUCUGUCCUCAAUGCCACUGAAACAGAUGCAAGGAAUUGCCUUAGAGUCAGGAGCCUCUCUGCAGUACUUUUCAUUGACAUUAAUGGCCCCCCCCUCAAGAUGUUUGAUGCUUACCCGUAUAUUCAGUCUUGGCUCAGGGAGA